CAUAUUUCUGAAAGUACACUUUGGAUCCAGGCAGGAAAACUGGCUCAUCCUUUAGGUUUUUUCCUUUCUUUUUACAAUUAGCCUCAAAUUCAAACAUAUUUGAACCCAAUCAACAACAAAGCAACAGGGAAUAUUGAAACACGUCCUUCUGUUGGCCUGUUUCCUCCGGUGCUAGCUUCCUCCGUGUAGCAGCAGGAUGUUUUCUUCCCAGACUUCAUCUUUCCAGGAUUCAAUCGACGUGGAGGAGAGAGAUGAAUUUGACAGCGAAGAUAUUGCUGGAUACAGCCAGAAAAUUCAGCUGAACUGCUACUACACCAUCUAUCUUUAUCAGGGCACCAGAUCUGAGGCCUGUGGAGAAAAUGUGGCGUGGAACCAGAGACGUGCAGACUCCACAAGUCACGAUGACUUUAGCUUGACACUAAUUGACAGCAGCCUUCCAUCAGAAGCAGAACCGGAGCUGCGGACCUAUAUUUCAAGGAGGCUGAGUAAAGGAGCUCUUCUUGGAGGCAUGGGCAACAUUGCCACUGUGGAGCUCAGUCUUCCGGAGCAGGCAAUUGGCUGCUACUGCUGUCUCCUGGAGCAGGAAAGGUCUCCAGAACAGCCGGACGCUGAUGGAAACGGAUACGUCAUCUGCUUCAUGGGGGGCUCCGAAAAGGGUCUGAACUUAUUUAGAUUAGAGCUCGAUAAAUAUGUCCAAGGCCUACACAGCAGCCUUCAAACUCCAGAGCUGCAGAACCUUGAGACAGAAGUCCGUCCCUACCUGGGCCGCUGGUACGAGGAGUCGGUCAUGCACAUUUAUCAAGUGGUGCAGCUGGUCCAGAGCAACAUCAGCUUCYUGCUGCAUGCUAUGACUAAGGAUUCCCUUGUCUACGCAAACCUCCUCGUUUACUCUCCUCUGGCGUCCUCUAGUGGGGUAGUUCACAUGGAUGAGGCAGUAAUCCCAGUUGAAUGCCAUUAUGAAAGGAAAUGGAGGUCAGCUGAUGGCAAUGACUACUUGUGUGGAUAUUGCAAAGCCCUAAAUCAAGUGCCAGGCAAGUCUGGCAUUCCUGGGAUGGUCGGUCCUCGUGGUUUUGGGAAGGUGGCUAACCUGGACUGCACCUCCCUCUCUCACAAGCAACCCAGGCUCCAGUAUCCAAACCUCUCCUCUCCUAGUGGAUUCACCUCAUCUCACUCGGCAAGCCCGUUCCAAUUGCAGGUGAUCCAGAUCCAGUGGUCCCAGGACUAA